UUAAGGGUCAAAUUGAGUAUUAACUCAGUCAAAAUGUUAUCUACUAUAAAAAGUAUACACACAAUGGGAUUGAUUAAUUUAUAAUAUAUAAGAAAGUUGAAAUUUUGAACAUGUGCAUAUGCCUUGAUGCAAAGCCUUGUGGCACUAGUUGUUUCCACCCUCAGCUGCAUUAUUUUCUAGUUUCUUGCUACCAGAAAUUCUCUAGAUCCGUGAAAUACUUAACUCAUAUUGUUUACUUGUAUUGUCCAAAAUAAUAAUAGAGGAUAUAGUUUCAUGCUUUGACAAUUCACCUUUUUUGCUUAUUGAAACAAAGUAUUUGUCAAGCAAUCCUUGGAAUGCUUGCAAUAUCAGCUAGAUAAGUACCCUUUAUUAGCAUUCUUAGGAAUAUUGAAUCCAAAUUCAACACCCCUCUACUCCAUGCUUCUGAUUCUGGUUUACCAAAUUGAUGCUAUAACACUAUAUCUUCACUGAUAGUAUCUUAAUCCAUGCCAUGAUCCAUUUUCUUGUUCUUUCCUCAAUUUCAGUCUUGCUGCUAUGGCUUCAUGAGUAUAUCCUCUUUGAAGUGCAAAUGCUGAAUCAUUUCAUAAUUUGAAACAUAUGUCAUUACUUUCACAUUUAAGGAUACAUGAAAUCUUUAAGGAUUCUAAGUCCUGAAGAUCCUGCAAUGACAAAGCAGAAUGUUAACACAACAAAGUUGAAAACAUGGAGACGGGUUUACUUUCUAAUCUUUGUCGCGGGGGCUGUUGCUCUUCUCCUUUCUGGUGCUGCCAUGUCCAAGUUCUUCUCCUUGAAGUCAUUUCUCGGCAAUGAAUCUUUCUACUCCAGUUUCAACUCCGGGAACCAAAAUGAAGUGAUUGAAACUGUGCGAACCGUAAUUCAGAAAAUUCAAGAGGAGCUUGAAAAUCUGAGAACAACAGAGCUGGAUCCAACUACUUCAGCAUCUGUAUUCAAACAAGGAGCCUUUCUUGCUGAUGUACUAGGACUUCUUGAGUCGGCAGUGGCUUCUCACGAUGAAGGGAAAAAUCGGCGAACCAGUAAUUUCGAUGUUCAUCCUCUGUUUAAAGAAAAGAAACGAUCCGAUGAUGAACCUGCAGAUUACUUUCUGCGAGAGGAGAUUCGCAAGUACGUCAAGAUCAAGCCUAACAGAUUAGGAAAACAGAAUUUCAUGGGGGCAAAUGCAACCUUCACCAGCAUAGGACACGCUUGCUUUGCCAUAAAGGAAGAACUAGAGGAGUACAUGGAUUAUGAUGUUGGCGAAAUCUGCAAUGAUGACUGGAAACUAGCUCAACGGCUUAUGGUUCACGGCUGCGAUCCUCUGCCAAGGAGAAGGUGCUUCUCAAGAGCCCCUAAGCUGUACAGCCAACCGUUCCCCAUUAACGAGUCCAUGUGGAAACUCCCGGACGAUAGAAAUGUCAGAUGGAGUCAAUACAGAUGCAAGAACUUUAAAUGUCUCGCAAACACAACCACCACCAGUAAAGGAUUCUUCAAGUGUUCAAACUGCUUCAAUCUCACCCAUCAUGAGAUGCCGAGAUGGGUAAGAUUGGAUGGUGAUUCAAAUCAGACAUCCGAUUUCCUCAUAACCGAUGUUCUAGGAAUCAAGCCAGGAGAGAUCAGAAUAGGGUUGGAUUUCAGUGUUGGAACAGGUACUUUUGCAGCUAGGAUGAGGGAAUUUAAUGUGACUAUAGUUUCAGUAACUAUCAACUUUGGGGCACCCUUCAGUGAAAUGAUAGCUCUUAGAGGACUUGUUCCUCUAUACUUGACUAUAAAUCAAAGGCUUCCAUUUUUCGACAACACCUUAGAUUUGAUCCACACAACAAGGUUUCUAGAUGGUUGGAUUGAUUUUGUGCUCUUGGACUUUAUAUUGUAUGAUUGGGAUAGAGUUUUGAGGCCAGGGGGGUUGCUUUGGAUUGAUAGCUUUUUCUGCUUAAAGGAAGAUUUGUAUGAUUACUUGCAGGCAUUCGAAAUGCUGCGAUAUAAGAAGCAUAAAUGGGUGGUUGUUCCAAAGCUGGACAAGGAUGAUCGGGAGAUGUUCUUUUCUGCCGUGUUAGAGAAGCCUCCAAGGCCAUUCCGGUGAUCUUUGCACCACGAUAUUUACCUUCUUUCUUUGUGGUUCUCAACAUUCUUAUUCUGGAUUAGUAUAUACGGAAAAGUCAUUUGUAGAGUGGUCUGCUCUAAUGCUACAAUAAAUCGAGACCAACUUACCUUUUUUUUUUCUUUUCUAAACACAGAAAUGACUGUUCAAUAUGAUAUAUGUCAAUUACAUAAUAGUCAAUGUUGAAUAUAUUUCAAUUCCUAAUCAUUGAGGCAUUUCCAUAUAAGGAUUCAAAUUAGUAUGCACUAAAUCUUAUUUCUCUUGCACUUUCUGCAUGCUUGAAAUUUUAGCUAUUCUUAACUUCUACUCUUAUUCAUUUGUUCAUGUUAGUUAUAUCCAACAAGCUUCAACACAACACAAAACACGAUAGCAAAUGUCAAUCCGUGCAGGUUCUAAAAUCUGAACUAAUGUUCCAAAUGGGAAAUGAUCCCAAUAAAUAAAUAAAAUAAAAUCACCCAAAUCUAAAACAAAGAAGCAAAUAUCAACCUGUAAGCAUUAAAAUUUGGAACCUAACAUAGUAAAGUCUUCACUUGUGCUUCACUCUUUUCUCUCUAAACAUUAACAAUGGGACCAGAUUCUAAGUUUGGGCCUGUAUUCUAUGCAACAA